GAGCUUGUAGUUUGUAUCAAACUGCAAUUUGAUUGGCUCUCUGACAAAUGAGGAGGGCUUACUGCAUGUUGUGCCCUUUCUCACGAGGAAUCCAGCAUAUUCCGAAAGGUCAAUCUAUUGGGAGCCAACCAAAAAGAUGAAUACAGAACAAAAAACAAAUGGAGUGUUUUUUGAUGGAAGUGAGGAUGAAGUUCUAAGUCCAAGUGACUUGUCUGAGAUGUUAGCUGAAGGUACCAAGGAAGCCCACGACCGAGCUGAGAACUGCCAGUUUGUCAAAGACUUCCUCAGAGGACGCAUUCAAAGAGAGCUGUUUAAGCGAGGAACAGCAGCUCUAUACUUUGUCUAUUUGGCCAUGGAGGAGGAGAUAGAGAAGAACAAAGAUCACCCACAGGUUGCUCCAAUCUACUUCCCCACAGAGUUGCACAGAUGUGAGGCUUUGGCCCGAGAUCUCGAGUAUUUCUACGGUGCCGACUGGGAAUCUCAGAUCACCCUCUCAGCAGGCACCAAGCCUUAUGUGGAGCGCAUCCAUGAGGUUGGGGAGCAGGACCCAGUGUUGUUGGUGGCCCACUCGUACACGCGCUAUAUGGGCGAUCUCUCGGGCGGGCAGAUCCUGAAGAAAGUGGCUCAGAGGGCACUCAAACUCCCCUCCACUGGCGAGGGCGUCAACUUCUACCAGUUCGAAGGCAUCCACAGUCACAAAGCCUUCAAGCAGCUGUACAGGAGCAGAAUGAAUGAGAUAGAGCUGGACACUGAAACCAAGCGGAAGAUUGUGGCUGAAUCCAACCGGACUUUUGGCUUCAACAUGAUGGUGUUCGGGGAGCUUGAAGAGAUUGGAAAAAGCCUCCCAGAGGAAGCACGAGAGGCAGGUUUUGGUCAUAGUCAUGCAGAAAUCAUGCAGGGAGGUGAUAUCAACAAGUGCCCGUACUAUGCAGCUAAAAUGGCCGUAAGUGGAAAUCCAACAUAUGCUUGCCAGUUCGCCAAGGCACUUCUACAACAUUUACCCUGUCAAGUGGCUCUGGCCACCUGGAUCGCUUUCCUUGCCGGCUUUACAGCCUGGUACCUUCUGUGAAUGUUGACAACUGUGGUAUUCUAUUUCAUUCUGACAUCCAGACAACUGCCAUAAUAUACUCUCGUAUUUAUGUUGUGCUGUUAAAUAACUGUAUGAUAAUAAUAAUUAAUUAUUAAGAGGUCCUCCAGAGAAGUUAUGACAUUAGUGUUUCAAUAUAUUUACUGCAAUAAUGACCUAAAGGGAAUGACAACACCUUUAUCAUGUCGAUCCCGGCUGGAAGAAUCUUGUUUAAUAAGUUGUAAAGACGCAAUUUCAUUUUCAUUAUGCAUAAUAGUGGAGAAAACUUGAAGGAGCCACUUGACAUUGAGGCUGACACUUUAUCAAUGCGUGUCUGUUUUAGCCAAUUAAAUGUGAGUGUCCCAAAUUGGCCGGCCUUCCUUGUUUUGUCAUUAAUACCCAUCAUCACAUGCACCUGUUCACGAGCCUAUCAGUGUAUGUGUGUGACAUGGUAGGGUCCCUAAGUGGGUCAUUGUUUGUGUAAACAUUAUUUUCUCAAUUAUCAGAAAGCCAGACAUUUACGAUUUGCACACUUAAAAACUUUAACCCCUCUUUUUUUUUUUUUUAGUUUUUUUCUUUCCCUUUAAGCUCAUGUCAGUGACAACAAAUACAUUCUUGUAUGUCAACCACUACAAACGUUUGAUCAAAUAUACUGUGAUUUAACUGUAUUCAAGUCUGUUCCUU